CCGUAAAGAAACUUCUGGAACCAGUGCGGCCGAGAUGAAGCUGCUCCUCAUUCUGAUUCUGGUGGGCGUGGCGGCGUCGCAGCGCGACCUGGGGAGGUACGUCGCAGGGCGGCCCAUCAGCGGGGGCGUGUACCCGGGCAUCCAGCCGUUCGGAGGAGGCUUCCAGCGCCCUCGUCGCUUCGGGCGCUCCCCGCAGCUCCCUCCCAAGCACGCAUUGCUCAAGCCCGCCCCUCGGCCGCACCUCGCGCAGCCUCUGCCAGCAGCGGCACCGUGAGAUUAACCGCGACCGCCUUCCCAGCAGCACGCUGCAGAGGCCUCCCGGUCGCCCUGACCGCUGCGACUCAUCCGGCUGGCCGCAGGCCGCCUGCGCUCCCCCCGGCGGGCGGUCGGCGGUUGCCAACGCAAUGAACAUCAUUUGCGCCCUUGUGGUCAGGGCUGGGUGCAGCUUGCUGCAGUCAGAUGGAAAAAAGUAAAAAGAAAUU